GGUGAUUGUGUACCCAAUGAAGUGUACGGUGAGUGGAUGUUGUGAGACUGUUGAAUUUGACCUUGCAGAAUAAUCAGCGCAGUAAUUUAACUCUGCUCUCACGUCAUCUUAAGAUCAGGAGAAAAUCAGUAUUUGCAGUCAUUUUCCCAGGUGGAUUGUAACCAGAUUGUAAGGAGAGACUGAAAAUGCAAAAACAAGAGCAAGGGACAAAAAAUAGAAGUCAGCAGUUUAUUGCAAAUUGCAUUUAAGUGCCAACAGGCUGAUCAAAAGUUUAAGGCCAUCUGGCUAUCAUGUCAUUUUCUGUCAGACAUUCACACUGUCCUGACUUCCAGAUGGCAAAGGAAAAAAGUCUGAAUGUGGGAGGAUUGUUGAAAUGCACCAGCAAGGCCUCAUGCAAUGCGCUAUUGCUGCUGAGAUACCAGUGCAGAAGGCGAAUACUUUAAUCAUUUCCUUCCAGUCUUAAGCUUUUCUUUAGCAGUGUAUGUAGAACUACAUGCUGUAUGAUAUCACAAUUUGCAUCAUAUUUAACAAUAUCAUGCAGUUGCUGUAAUGUCAGUUGUCAGGUAAUGGCAUUUCAAGUCUCUAAAAUUAAAGUCAGUGAUGUUUGGGGAAUUGCUGAUUCUGACUCAGACCCAGCUGUGUGAGUGAUGCAUUCAGGGUCAUCACUGCAUGAGAAAAUGAGGACUCCCUGCAGUUCAGGCACUGGAGUGACAGCUCUCUCUUCUCAUGCCUGUUCAGGAGUAAUGGGGAAACAAUGGGAUCACAGCCAGAGGGCUGGCCUGUGUUUGUAGCCUGUGUUUUUGUCUUGCACCAAGUGUUUACUCAAAACACACCAGCACCUCUGAGAAUGAGGUCAGCUCACCCCUCUAAUCUCCUCUGUGGGCAGAGACACAGUAUAUCCCCCACAAGAACUGCACAUCACCCAGGGUGACCCUUUGGCCAGCAGGGGAAGCUUCUGUCAACCAUGCUUUGCUGGAACUCAGCAGCAGUGUCCUGGUAAAGACUGUUGAACAUCCAAAUGCAUCUUCUGCUAAAGCAGUGUGAGUAUCAGUAGGUCAGCCAAUUAUUCAGUUGUUCAUCCAGGCAAUCACUUUGUCCAUUAGUCAGUGAGUUAUUCAUAGUCUGCCUUACUUGCUAGGCUGUUGGUCGGCUAUCGAGUUAAUCACUUAGCUGGUUAGGUGGUCAUUACAGUCAGUUGGUUGUUCAGUCAGUCAGUCUGCCAAUCAGCAAGUCAGUUGGGCGUUCUGUUGGUCAGCCAGUCAGUCAGAUUGUCAGUCAAUAGGCUAGCCAAUCAAUGAAUCAGUUGGUCUUUCAGACAGUCAGUCAGUCAGCGAGCCAAUCAGCAAGUUAGUGAGUAAAUUAGUUUGUCAGCCAAUCAGCAAUAAGCCAGUAAAUUGAAUUGGUCAAUCGGUCAAUCAGUUAGUCAGAUUGUCAGUCAGUCAUCCAAUUAGAAAUUCAGUCAGUUGGUCGUUUGUCAGCCAGCCAGUUAGAUUGUCUGUCAGCCUGUCAACUAGCCAAGCAGCAAGUCAUUCAGUCAGUGAGUCAAUUGGUUGGUUACCAAUCAGCAGUCAGUCAGUUAGUCGGUAUUCUAGUCAGUCUUUUGUUUGGUCGGCCAGUCAUCCAGUCAGUCAGUUAGUUAGUGCUUGGUCAGAUAGUCCUCUACCAAUCAGUAAGUCAGUGAGUCAGUUUGUCAGAGUCAGCCAGGCAGUGUGUCAGUCAGUCAGUGAGUCAGCACGUGAGUUCAUCCAGUCAGUCAUUCAUUGUGUCAGUUAGUUUGCUGGUUAGUCAGGCUCAUCAGCAAGUCUAGCAGUGAGUGUGUUGGUCAGUCAGUCAACCAGUUAUUUGGUUGGUCAGUCGUCAACAAAUCUGCAGGUCAGUCAGUCAGUUGGGCGGUCAGCGAGACCGUCUGUCAGCCAAUUAGAAAGUCAGUUGGUCUUUUGGCCAGUCAUUCAUUCAGUCGGUUGGUCAGUCAGCCAAUCAGCUAUCUACAUGUCCUGAAUGUGACAGAAAAGCUUAUUUUCAAUUGAGUUUAGUGAGAGGGGUCAGUCUAGGGUGUGGACCUUCAGUUGACCUGUGGUCUGAGGCAAGGUCAUUCUGGUUCACUGCUGCUAAAGAAAUUUUUCUCUCCAUUUUUACUGCUGACUCAGUGGGAAAGAGCAAAAUUUCCAAAAGAGCUCAUGUUAAGUUUUCAUGUUGCACAGCGGGCUACAUGAUGUCCAAAAAUGGCACAGAGAGAUGGCAUAGUCAGAUAGCCUGGAUAUGUCUUUGUGCUAUUUUAUAGAGAGAAUGAUCUGUAAAGAAAAAUCCUGAAACUGUCUGAAUUAAAAAUCCGAUCCAUACUGUACUAUACGAAUGUUUAAAUAUGUGUCUUUUUAUGAAUUAAGCGAGACAAAAAUGUGAUUCAAGUUCAUCGAGUAAACUUUUUGACCCAGCACUUCAGGACCAAGAUGUUGACAGGGCCCAAAUUUUGAAACGGGCCUCUUCAAAAUUACAAUAAUGGACUAUGAAAGUAGAAGAUGGAAAGAAAGACGAGGAAAGAAAAGAGAUCUUUGAGAGAAGAAUGAGAUAGGAAGAGCGGGAGAACAAAAAAUAAGAGGAGAGCGCGGGGGCAGUUGUGGUGUGAUGUGAGUGUUAUCAUCAGCUCUCAUUCUCAGCAUGGAAUCUAUAAUGGGAAAAUCAACCUCUCUGACUCCUGUGUAAUUGGAUUUGCCGGGUCUCGUGCUGAAUCAGAGCUCAGUGGGUAGCACCAAAGCUUGUUAAGAUUGGACAAGCAUUGCUGAGGCGCUCAUCCGGGAGAGAGGUGGGGCAACCACCAAGGUAACCUUGACAACUUCUCUGGGACUGGAUCAUUCAAAUAAUACCACUCACUCCACACCGAAUGUUUUCCAAUAGUUGAUCAAUCCAUCAAUGGGGUGAAACACGAUCUUUUCUCAUAUGUGAGAACAAAGAAAGUGGACACCUGUGUUUCCCUGGAAGGGUGUGUGUUUAAUGGCUGUUACCGGGUAACAGCAGUAAACACUUCUUGCAAGGUGCAACAGCUUCAUAGACUAUCUCACUCUAUCUAAGAAUACCUUUAUUAUUGUGGUUGUAGUUUACAGUGGUGUAGAAUUGCACUGUAUUGCAGUGAGAAGUAUUUAUAAUAUUUGACUUAUCUCAUGUAGGUAAAUAAAAUCAAAAUAUCAGAAACAUCUUCCAGAAUGUAGCAUUCUAACAUCAGUAUAAAGCUGCGGCUCCUAACAAGUUGAACUUUUGCACAACUGUCUACAAAUUCUAUAUGCUCUACAACAGUCACCGGUCUAUACUGUAAAUUAUCGACAUGACAUAUACUGUAACGAGCAAAAUCUGAUCACAGUUUUCAGGUAAAUGAGUCCUCAUAAUGAAAACAAUGGUGCCCUCCUGGACGGCUUUGUAAUGCUGAGUACGGUGAUCAUUCAAGUGUGCCCUGUUAUGCAUCCACCCAAUCAAAGAUCAGUAACCAGACCUGGAUGUUGGCACCAAGGAGAAGGAAACUGUUAUUGUUUUUUUGGUGUGUGUGUGUGUGUGUUUUUGGCUGUGUUGCAAUGGUGCAUAUAGCAUUCAAGAAAGAGAUGGAGAAGAAAGACUGAGAAAGGUUGAGGCUUUGAAAUGGAGUGCUUUGGAUCUGGUUUCUGGGUGGUUAUGCUACACUCAACAUAGGAGUAGACACUCAGCAGACACAGGAGGACACGCUAUUCCGUAGAAGGAAGCUAUUGCAAGUUUGGAUACUGACUGACAACACAGAAAUACGUCCAAAAUGCAGGGCUUGACAGUUCCACACUUAUACUCGUCAUGCAGUGGUGACUCAAGUGGACUAUGCCGUGGUCAGGUUGAACUGGACAUGGAGGGCGCCCUCACUGCGAGGGCCCAGGUUGGUAUUCAGGACUUUGUCCUUUUGGAUGAAACCACCGAGGCAGCUUUCCUCAGCAACCUCAAGAAACGCUUCAGCAAGGAUCUCAUUUAUACCUACAUUGGAACUUUACUGGUGUCUGUAAACCCCUAUAAAGAGUUGGAUAUCUUCAAUAAGCAACAGAUGGAUGUGUACAUGGGGGUCAACUUCUUUGAGCUUCCACCGCACAUUUAUGCUUUGGCAGACAACGCCUACCACGCCAUGCUGGCUGAGUUCAGCAAUCACUUCAUCCUCAUCUCAGGGGAGAGCGGAGCAGGGAAGACGGAGGCCUCCAAAAAGAUUCUACAGUAUUACGCAGUCAGCUGUCCAAGCACCGCUCUACUAAACACUGUCAGAGACAAGAUGCUCAUGUCUAACCCUGUCCUGGAGGCUUUUGGGAAUGCCAAAACACUAAAGAAUGACAAUUCAAGUCGCUUUGGGAAGUAUAUGGACAUUCAAUUCAAUAGUGAGGGUGAUGCAGUUGGUGGCCACAUCCUGAACUACCUGCUGGAGAAGUCAAGGGUGGUACAUCAAAAUCAUGGCGAGAGAAACUUCCACAUUUUCUAUCAGAUCCUGGAGGGAGGAGAGGAGGACCUUCUGCACCAGCUGGGCCUGGAGAGGGACUCCCAGCGCUACAUCUACCUAACACAAGGAGAGUGUGCCAUCGUGCCUUCCAUCGAUGACAACAGCAACUGGAAGUCGGUUAAAAACGCACUUCAAGUCAUUGACAUUGAUGCGGUCAACACAAAUCACUUAUUUGGGAUUGUUGCAAGUGUUCUUCACCUGGGCAAUGUUAAGUUUGACUCGGACAGUAAAGGUCAGGCCGCACUUAACAACAACAAUGCAGCGCUGCGCUGGGUCUCAAAUCUUCUUGGAGUUGAUGCUCACCAUCUCCAAGAAGGUUUAACAUACAGGAAGAUUGAAGCCAAAACAGAUCAGGUGCUCACCCCAUUUACCAUGGAUCAUGCUGUCUAUGUGAGGGAUGCCCUGGCCAAGGCCAUCUAUGGACAUACCUUCACCUGGCUGGUCAACAGGAUCAAUGAGUCCAUGGAGAACACAGAUCCUUCGAAGAAAACUGUCAUUGGCCUUUUGGACAUCUAUGGCUUUGAGGUUUUUAAUGUUAACAGUUUUGAGCAGUUCUGCAUAAACUACUGCAAUGAGAAGCUGCAGCAACUUUUCAUCCAACUCACACUAAAAGCAGAGCAGGAGGAAUACGAAGCGGAGGAUAUCGAGUGGGAGCCGGUGCAGUUCUUCAAUAACAAGAUCAUCUGUGACCUUGUCGAGGAGAGACACAGGGGAAUUAUUUCAAUCCUGGAUGAGGAGUGUCUCCGGCCAGGAGAUGCGACAGACCUCACCUUCCUGGAAAGACUGGAAGACAAGAUGGGCAAUCACCCUCACUUUGUCUCACACAAGCUGGCUGACAAAAAGACACGCAGGACGCUGGAGAGAGGGGAUUUUCGUCUCUUGCAUUAUGCCGGAGAGGUCACCUACUGUGUUGUGGGUUUUCUGGACAAAAACAAUGACCUCUUAUAUAGAAAUAUCAAAGAUCUGAUGUGUCAGUCUAAAAACGCCAUUGUCAGACAGUGCUUCUCCUCCAUGGACCCAGAAAGCAGGCGUAGACCAGAAACGGUGGCCACCCAGUUUAAGAGCAGCCUGCUGAAGCUGACAGAGAUCCUUAUGGCUAAAGAGGCCUGGUACAUACGUUGUCUUAAAUCCAAUGAGUCAAGAAAGCCAGGACAGUUUGAUGAAGCCCUGAUCAGACACCAGAUCAAGUAUUUGGGCUUGAUGGAGCACCUGAGAGUCAGACGUGCUGGUUUCGCUUACAGGCGAAAGUAUGAGGUCUUUUUACAGAGAUACAAAGCUCUGUGCCCGGCCACCUGGCCACACUGGAGUGGACCGCCUGCUGACGGUGUGUUGGUGCUGGUUCAACAUCUAGGCUAUUUUCCAAAUGAGUACAAAAUGGGAAGAACCAAAAUAUUCAUUCGCCAUCCAAGGACCCUCUAUGCCACAGAGGAUGCUUUUGAAAAGUGUAAACAUGAACUCGCAUCAAGACUCCAGGCUAAAUACAAAGGUUACAGGGCAAAGGGGGAGUUCAAAAAACAGAAGGAGGCUGCCACAAAGAUUGAGACUUGCUGGAGGGGAGUGCAGGCGAGGAAGGAGAGGGACAGGAGAGCCUGGGCUGUCAAAGUCAUCAGACAAUUUAUCAAGGGUUACAUGACCAGAGGGCAAGCAAAGGUUACGGAUAACUCAGAGUAUUUGGCCUUUGUGAGGCAGAACUACUUGAACAAGCUAAAAGGCAACCUGCCAAAGACAGUUUUGGAUAAAACCACUUGGCUCGAUGCACCACACGUGCUGACCGAGACAUCAGAAAUACUGCGUAAACUGCAUUACAGGCUCAUGGUGCGGAAGUAUGUAAGAGGAAUCACACCACAGAAAAAAGAGCAGUUUCAAAUGAAGCUCAUUGCCAGCUCUAUGUUCAAGGGGAAGAAAGACAGCUACCCACAAAGUGUCGCCCUCCCUUUUGCAGACACAAGAAUCAGUGAUCAAAACAUAAACCCCAGGGUCCUGCAGAUGAUUGGCAAUGAGCACAUCAAGUACGGCGUCCCGGUGGUCAAAUACGACAGGAAUGGUUUCAAACCGAGGCCCCGGCAGCUCAUCCUCACCAAGACUGCUGCCUAUAUGAUUGAGGAGGCGAGGAUCAAACAGAGGGUGUUGUAUACCAAUCUUAAAGGGAUUUCAGUCAGUAACCUGACAGACAGCAUCAUUGUGUUGCAUAUAACAUGUGAGGACCCCAAACAAAAGAGGGAUCUUGUCCUGCAGUGCAACCACCUGUUUGAGUUGGCGACUAAACUCAGCAUCAUUGCAAACAAACAGAGUGCAGUCAGGGUGGUUCAGGGCAGCAUCAAGAUAGAAAUCCAGGGAGACAAAGAGAACACUGUCGACUUUAGCACAGGCCAGGAGCCGAUGGUGUUCAAGGCCAAGAACGGACACCUCAUGGUGGUUGCCACCCGGGCCAGGCCGAGGUAACAUGAGGGAUGGAGGAGACACUCAAGAAGCCCCUGCAUAUUUCAUCAUGAGACCCCAAAGCGGAGGAUCAGCAUGGCCACAGGAUACAUGUCUGACCAGAGAUUGAAGCACUUUAGAAUGAGCCCGUUUGACAAAUUCAAACUUACAUUUCUUCCUUUUGACGUUUCAAAUAGAGGUUUGAUGUCUUCUAAGUGAAAGGGUUUACAUUUUUCUAGUAUAACAUGCAAAAGCACUGGGCACUCAGUGCUUCAAAAAUGUACAUUCAUUUCUGUAUCCACCCAAGAACCACAAUGUUUGGUAUACAUUCCAAUACAUUCAUUAACAAUCUAAUGAAAUCCAAUAUAAAAGCUGUACCACAAAUUUUGCCUUUACAAAGAUAAUGCUCAUUUUUGAUCAUUCAUUUAACAAUCUAUUAGUGUAGUUUGAGAUAAUGUACCACUGCACUUCUUCAUAUUGAGAGCUGCUGCUAUUAUUUUGCCUGAAUCAUGUAGCGACAUAAGGGAAGCAAAAUAGAAACACCCAUUUUUGUCACUACAACUUUGUUACACUGACGAAUUCGUUGAAAUUAAUAGUCUUACAGUGUCUUUGUAAAGGCAGAAUUGUUAUACAAACGUGUGUUGUGGCCAGUGAGCAUGGGGCAUGUUCCCAGGCAAUAAAAACAGAACAAAUGCAUGUGUAUAAAUUUAUUUGAGAUAGCUCAUAUAUAAAUAUAAAACAUAUACACUGGCUUCUGUACAAUAGAUCUACUAGUAUAGUGAUUGUAACUGUGUGCAAUCCAAACAUUCUGAUGAAUGCAGUGAUGGACAGCUCUAAUUUCUCUCCCUGUUAAAAAGCUUGUCGACAGGCCUCAAUUCCUGCCAGGGGGAUCUCUGGUUACACUCAUUCACUCCAACCUGUGUAUCUAUCCAUCCUGCAAUCACCUGAGUACAUUUAACCCUCAAGUGACAGGUCAUGUUGCCUCCACUGAAAAUAAUUUUGUGGCAAAAAA